GUCCUAUGAAACACUUUUUCCCUAUCCAAAUGCAGCCCACAAGCUGCAGAUUAAGCACCAAAUAUCGAGCAUAGAUAUCAAGCAGCAUACGCUUGCCUGCAAGCACAAAAAUGGCGGUCUCAACAUUACCAGUCGCUGCACCAAAGCUUCAACCUUUCACUCCCAAGUCCACCAUUUCCCCACCUUUCAGAGUCACGGCUUCACUGCAACCAUCUCCCAAUGCCACUGCAUAUAGCAAGAGGCAAAUUCUGCAACUGGGUGUUGGGCUCUUGGCUGCAUCAAUGGUGGCCUCUACUCCUCUGCAAGCCGACGCCACCAGAAUUGAGUACUACGCCACCACCGCUGACCCCACUUGUGACUUCACCUUCGCCCCUUCUGGGCUUGGCUACUGUGAUAUCACCGUCGGGUCUGGCCAGGAAGCUCCCUACAAUACGCUUAUCAACAUUCACUAUACUGCAAGAUUCAGUGAUGGGAUAGUUUUUGACAGCAGCUACAAACGUGGUAGACCACUCACUAUGCGGUUAGGCAUGGGAAAGGUGAUCAAAGGACUAGAUCAAGGAAUUUUGGGAGGUGAAGGAGUACCUCCAAUGCAAAUUGGUGGAAAACGCAAGUUACAGAUCCCUCCACAUUUGGCGUAUGGACCUGAAGCUGCUGGAUGCUUUCAAGGGGAUUGCAAUAUACCUGCAAAUGCCACUCUCGCGUAUGACAUCAAUUUUGUAGACAUCUACAAGGGAAACCGGAAGUGAAGUAGUACACGAGCUUACUGGUUGUCAAAUUUGAUGAUCAUUCACACUCGAUUUGGCUCAAUCUGAAGGUACAGAGCUAAAAGACGGAGGAUUUUUUCCCUAGAGGUAUCAAAAGUAAAGUCCAGAAUUCCAUGCCUGCAACAAGCAAGCAGUCACCUUUCCCUAACAAGUAAGAAGGGGUUUUAUCUGCAUUUUUUGCCACGAUUCUUUAGAUGCAGAUAUGUAUAUAAUAUUUAUUCUCAUAGUAAAUUACACUUUGUGUACAUGUUUAAUGAAUAAUGUCAGAUUUGUACUCAAUGGUAGAUGAUGGAAACUAAAUUGUCUUGUUCAGGUUGUUCACAAUUCAAUUAAUUAAGAGUUUACUACACAUACUUUAUUUAA